UGCAAACUUCUGCAAAGACGGGCUGCGGACAGCGUCUGGGAGGGAUCCUUAGGAAGCGCUGCCGCUUCGGGCUGGGCUGCUGCACGCGGCUGGCGCUGCUCUCCGGCUCGGCUGAGAACCCGUAGCGAGGGCUCGGACGCCCGGCCGAGGGGUCCUUCCGGAGGCGCGCGGCCUCGGGACUGGAGCGCUGGGAUUCUUGUGCUGGGUGUGGUCCAAGUGGAACUGUAUCGGAAAUGGGCCCAAUAGGUACAGAGGCUGAUGAGAACCAGACUGUGGAAGAAAUGAAGGUGGAACCCUACGGGCUGGAGCACACCACCCCCAGGGGGGAGCUGGCCCCUGACCCGGAGCCGGAGCUGAUCGACAGCACCAAGCUGACAGAAGUGCGGGUCGUCCUCAUCCUGGCCUACUGCUCCAUCAUCUUGCUGGGUGUGGUUGGAAACUCCUUGGUCAUCCACGUGGUGAUCAAAUUCAAGAGCAUGCGCACGGUUACCAACUUCUUCAUCGCCAACCUGGCUGUGGCGGAUCUUCUGGUCAACACCCUGUGCCUACCGUUCACUCUCACCUACACCUUAAUGGGAGAGUGGAAGAUGGGUCCCGUCCUCUGCCACCUGGUGCCCUAUGCCCAGGGCCUGGCGGUGCAGGUGUCCACGGUCACCUUGACAGUAAUUGCUCUGGACCGGCAUCGGUGCAUCGUCUACCACCUGGACAGCAAGAUCUCCAAGCAAAACAGCUUCCUGAUUAUCGGCUUGGCCUGGGGCGUCAGCGCCCUGCUGGCGAGUCCCCUGGCCAUCUUCCGGGAAUACUCACUGAUUGAGAUUAUUCCGGACUUCGAGAUUGUGGCUUGCACCGAGAAGUGGCCAGGUGAGGAGAAGAGCGUCUACGGCACCAUCUAUAGCCUUUCCUCCUUGUUGAUCCUGUACGUUUUGCCCCUGGGCAUCAUAUCUGUUUCCUAUAUCCGGAUCUGGAGUAAACUGAAGAACCAUGUCAGCCCUGGAGCUGCGAGUGACCACUACCACCAGCGAAGGCAGAAAACCACCAAGAUGCUGGUGUUCGUGGUGGUGGUGUUUGCAGUCAGCUGGCUGCCCCUGCACGCCUUCCAGCUCGCGGUGGACAUCGACAGCCAGGUACUAGACCUGAAGGAGUACAAGCUCAUCUUCACAGUGUUCCACAUCACCGCCAUGUGCUCCACCUUCGCCAACCCCCUGCUGUACGGCUGGAUGAACAGCAACUACCGCAAGGCCUUCCUCUCGGCCUUCCGCUGCGAGCAGGGGCUGGAUGCCAUUCACUCGGAGGUGUCUGCGACGUUCAAGGCGAAAAAGAAUGUGGACGUGGUAAAGACCAGUGGGCCCACUGACUCCUUCUCCGAGGCCACCAAUGUCUAAGGACAUGGCGUGGGAAGCUAAGGGUCAGUUCUGACCAGAACCCUUGGUCUGGUUGAGGAGGGUGCAGAGGUGUGAGCUGAUCUCAUUGUAAAGACGGAAGGCAUCUAAACGGAAGCUCAGGCACUGGCACUCCUGGAAAACUGGCUGGCAGAGUCUAGGGAGAAUAUUUGUGUUCACAGAGAAGGUGACAAAACGGCUUAAUGAUAGUGGCUUGCAUUAGGUUGAGUUAUGUGUAAAAGCAGAGAGAAAUACGUCUGACUUUUCCCAGUGUGAGGGAAAGCUGAAGGAGGAGCUGAUGUUGUCAGCACUGCUGGCAGUUGGGAUUUGAUAUGCAGACUCCGGGCGCUCGCUGGGACCUGAACGGGGGUUACAGCGUGACUCCUCUCUCCUCUGAUGUGAGUGAAGCCUGUUGAACGCAAACCUCACUAGCGAGCCGCUGGCUCUGCUGGGUGAUAGUUCAUUUUCCUGUUCUUCCUACAGAGGGAAUUCUGAAAGGAACGCUCUCGGUGAACGCUGCUACUUUAAUGGCAUCAAGGGAGUAAACAAAAUUGACAGAUGGUUAACACUUUGGCAAAUCAUGGGGGGAAUUCUUAAUAAUCAGUGAGUGUUCUUAAAGUCAAAUGCAUUUGGUGAGAAUGUUUUUUAAACUCAGACUCGAAAGCAGAAAGUCUCAGAAUUACAAAAAAUGUAAACAGUUCUUGAAUUUCUUAUUUUAAAUUGUCCUUGCUUUAUAUGAAUACUAUUUAUAUAAUAAAUAGGUAAGCAACAUUGCAAAUUGUCGCAAAUUUAAAAAUCCGUAUGAUUUCUGUUAUUAUUCUUGUGCUGGAGUAGAGUUUGAGCUCAAAAUUAAAUCAGAUUAGAAAGCAAUUUUCAUGGAAUUUUGUAACAUUUUGUGGUUAUUUGUGUGCAGUUUUUCACACAGAUGCACAGCUCUGACAGCUUUAUGGUGUUCUGCUGUGUUAUUGUCUUUAGAAUUCAUUUUCCCAGGACCUUUUCCUGAUAAAUAAAAAUAUGAUUUCAUAAAAUGGCCCCAUCUGGUAAGAAAUAUUCAAAGCACUAGAUUUACUCUAUUUUCCAAAUGCUCUGUUUCAAGCCAUUUCAUGUAAGUUAACUCUUUUGAAAGUAAUUAUAUUUUUUGGAUGUGAAUGUGAAUAUAUACCUGUAUACCUACAAAUAGUGGAACGUAAGUACUGCAGUAUUUUUUAUUUAAUGAUUUUAUGAGUAUAAUUUUUAUUUUAAUAGGACCCAACCAAAGAUGCUUAAAACUCUAUUGUGUUUGUGAAAAAUAAAUGAGAUGUUAAAACAGUUGCAUUAUGUUAGACGCUGUUAAAGAAGUUUUGUUGUAGUUAUACUUUUGUAAAUAUGAUAGAAUUUGCAAAUAUAUUCCUCACAUUUUAGUUAAAUUCAACAUGACUUUCGUACUUAAUUACCACAUGAAUUUCAUGAGUUGGAGAGCUUCAUUGUAUGGAUGGGUGCAUUUAAUAUUUAUAGUAUAGCUUUUAAUAAAUUCCUUUCAUAUUCAAAAUAAACGAUUGGUCUUGAACUGCAGUUUUGAGAUAUUGAAAAAGAAUGCAACAAUAAGAUAUAGAAUUAGUGAAAGAGAUUAAAAAAUCAAUAAAAAUGUAUAUCUGUAAUAUAUUGAAGAAUUCGUUUUGUUGUUGGAAUCAGCAUAAGAAGAUUUUGUCUUUAACAUAGCAGUUACUUUCCUUCAGAUGUUAGAAAAUUGUAGUUAAAGACUUUAUCCCCCUUGCAGAAGUCUUACACUGUGGGAAAUGUGUACACUACUGUGUCAUCGGCUGUGAUGUAUGGGAUGGAAGUGAAGUGUGCAAUCCGGGUAAUGAUCCUAUUAGCAUAUGUCUGAUCCAAUUAACCCUGUCAACCCACUAAAAAUAACUUUCUAUGUUGUGCUUUUAAUGUUGAAAUAAAGAGAAUUCAGAAAAUU